AUGCUUUCAUGGCUGGAUAUUCCUAGGUAUACAACAUUGUUUGAGUCUCUUGGUCCGGAUCCACUCGAUGGUAAGCUAUCUGGUGCUAUAGCUAAGCAGGAGAUGCUUAAGAGUAAACUCCCAUCUGGAGUAUUACAUAGAGUAUGGAAUUUAGCAGAUGUUGAUCGCGAUGGAAAGUUAGACAUCUACGAAUUUGCUCUCGCUAUGCAUUUCGUACGUAUGCGUUUAGAUGGUCAUACACUGCCACACGACCUACCAGAGAAUAUGAUCCCGAAGUAG